AUGGCGGACAAAAUAAUUUGCAAGGAGAUCCCCUACACGUUCAAGGACCCGACACUCUUGGACACGAGAUCCUUUAUCGGCGGCAAAUGGGUUGAUGCCGUCAGUGGAGACACAUUCCCUGUUCUUGACCCCACCGACAACGAAAAGAUCUGCGACGUGGCCGACGCGGGCCGCGACGAGACGCGCCAGGCGCUCGAGGCCGCGCAGGCGGCGUUCAAGACGUACCGCAAGACGACGGCGCGCGAGCGACGCUGGCUGAUGCGGCGCUGGGCCGACCAGAUUCGACAGGCGGCCGACGACCUGGCGGCCAUCUGCACGCUGGAGCUGGGCAAGCCGUACACCGAGUCGCACGUCACGGUCAAGUACGGCACCGACUUCCUCGACUGGUUCGAGGGCGCCAUCGAGCGUCAGUACGGCGAGACCAUCCCCGCGGCCCGGGGGGAAAACCGCAUCUUCACGGUGCGCCAGCCCCAGGGCGUCGUCGCCGCCAUCACGCCCUGGAACUCGCCUAUCGCCAUGGUCACCCGCAAGGUGGGCGCCGCCAUCGCCGCGGGCAACACCGUCGUGUGCAAGCCCGCGCCCGAGACGCCCCUGUGCGCCAUCGCCGUGGCCAAGCUGUUCGAGCGCGCCGGCGGGCCUCCGGGCGUGUUCAACGUCGUCACGUCCAGCGCUGCCAAGUCGGCGCUCGUCGGCGAGGAGUUCACCCAGAACCCCAUCGUGCGCCACCUGAGCUUCACCGGCUCCACAGCUGUGGGGAGGUACUUGCACGCCGAAUGUGCAAAGUCGUUCAAGAAGACCAGCCUCGAGCUGGGCGGGAAUGCGCCCUUUAUCGUUUUUGAGGACGCGAAGCUCGACAAGGCGGCCGAAGGCCUCAUCACCUCCAAAUUCCGUUCGUCGGGCCAGACCUGCGUGUGCGCAAACCGAAUCCUCGUGCAGCGUCCCAUCCUGGAGAAAUUCGCCGCGGUGCUGGCCGAGAAGCUGCAAAAGACGUUCCGCUACGGUUCCGUGUGGGAUCGCCAGGUCAACUUCGGCCCGCUGUAUGCGCCCAAGGCGUUUGAGAAGAUCGACGCGCAGAUCCAGGACGCGCUGGACAAGGGGGGCAAGAUCUUUGCGAGUGGGGGCGGUGGUGGUGAUGAUGAUAAGAAGACGAAGAACGAUGGAACAGAAGGAAAAGCAAAAGGAAAAGGAAUGUACGGACCAAACUUCUACCCGCCGACGAUUGUCACGCACGCCACCACGGACAUGCUGUUCAUGAAGCAAGAGACGUUCGGGCCGCUGGCGUUCCUGGUGCCGUUCGACGACGAGGACGAGGCGGUGGCGCUGGCCAACGACACCAGCGCCGGGUUGGCGUCGUACUUCUACACCGAGGACAUCUCGCGGCUGUGGCGCGUGAGCGAGGCGCUGGAGUCCGGCAUGGUCGGCGUGCGCGUCGGGCUCAUCAGCGCCUGCGAGCAGCCGUUCGGCGGGGUCAAGGAGAGCGGAGUCGGCCGGGAGGGCGGCCGGGAUGCUUUGGAUGAGUAUACCGAGAUCAAGAGCGUGACGGUCGGUCUCUGA